CACCAUUCCUUCUUAGCCACCCAUCCUAGUCUCCACUGACAAGGUCAAGUGAGGCAGUGAAUUGGAUUAAAGUGCUACAACCGGGAAAAAAAAAAGCUGAUGCAGGAAACUCAUCCGGCUUACUGGUGACUGGUUUGAAACAACGCUUUCGGCCAGCUUAAUUGUCUCCGGGGAUCAUUUUCUAUUCUAGACCAUGGCAACAGCCCAAAUACCGCCAGCACCAGGCAGUAGUAUAACUACCCGGCUGCCUGCAAGUGAGGAAGUGCAGGAGUAUGAGAAGAUUCUGAGAAUAAGUGACGAUAUCUUUUCUGGAACUCACCCUAGAUUGAAGGUUCCCCAGCAGUUUGUGCGCAAACCCGCAUCUCGAUUUCCCCCUGCUCCAACUCCAGCACAGGUAAAACCGGGUGACCAACUGAAGUCUCCCCCGGAAACUCAGCCCCCUCCUUCCGCGCCGUCGGCAACCAGACCUGCGAGCUCGCAGGCUCCCAGUGCCGGAGGGGCUCCUUCCGGCACGACCGGGCCUUCGCGUAUACUCCCUAAGCCUGCCUCAGAAAUUGAUCCCAUCUUUCUGACCAAGUCAGAUGAUCUAGUCAGGGCAGAGCUGCAGCUGCAACGGCAAAGGGUGGAGCGAGUGCUGCGGGAGCAGUUGGAACAAAAAAGACAAGAAUCCAGGCAGAAGGCCGCUUUACAGGACGCAAAGCCGGACUUUGACGUUUCCGAUGUACUGGUGAAGGCCUUUGAGAUGGUUAACCCAUCUCCGUCAAUCGAUGCCCCUGGCGCAGGAGAGCCCAAUGAUUCCUUUGACGAGAAUUCGUUCUACUCGAGUAGAGCCCCAGACUCCCCUCAGCACGGCGAGCAACAAAGGCAGUCUCCGGCACCUCAGUCUAAUUCGGAGGAACUUGCUACUGAAGCUCCCGCAGAGAACUAUUCAGAUGAGUUGCAACGGCUUGAAGCCCUCAACAGAACUGGAUCGGAUCAGGAUGUGCAAGAUACUUACCCCGUGGCAGACCACCUAGUACCCUAUGACCAGAGGCACCCGCACCAUGGUGAGGUGGACGUCGCCGCGCGCAAAUACCCCGAACCCACCCAGCCGACCGAUGCAUUUGAAGAGCCAGAGUAUUCACCACCGGCGCCCGGGGUGGCUCCUAUGGAGAGGGAUGAUAACCACGGGGCUCAGAGGGGAUACCCGGGUGGGACGAAACGACGAGCGCCGGAGCGACCCCGCCACGCUCGAAGAUCCCUGUCACCGGGCAGCGAUGUACGGAUCGUGCGAAACCACAUCACGUCGCCUGCCGCUCCGCAGCCAUCCAGAGUCUCCCCGCUGGCCAUCGCCAAGGUGCCCUCGGUCUCGCGUCCAGAUUACGGUCCGGAUCGUCACGCGAGCCCCGAAGCUCCCGUCCAGCCAAUGACGUCUAGGAAACGUAGGAGAUUGGAUGAGAGGGUGCGGACUCGUCCAUCUUAUACUAGAGCGCAAGCGCCACACAAUGUCGAGGAGUCUUUCAUCAAGGAAGAGCCUGUUUCACCACCACCGUUUACAGAUACUUUGCAGGCUUACAGAAGCCGCCAGCCCCAAGAAAGACCUGUGUACAUUGACAUUGCUUCCCCGCGCUACACACCAGUAUUAGAGAGGAGAGAGGCACCCGUCAGAGACCCGGCAUAUGAGUAUGAGGUGUAUGACCCUCACGGUGAACCAGGGAUUCCACGAACUGUUUCCCGACUUAGUGCUAGACGCCCGAUCCGAGACGAUCAGGAUUUGCGCAGAGUUGCCAGCUUGCAUCAGGCUCGGCAACCGGAAUUUGCUCGUGAAUAUGUUGACCAAGCCAGUCCCCAAUCGAUCCGGGCGGGGUCAUACGCUAUUGUUGAGCGUCAACCAGAGCGAAUCAGGUAUUAUGAUGAGCUGACCGCGCCUCCUGCAAGACGCUACAUUCCGGCUGGGGGAUCGCCCACAUCGCCGCGACUCCACGAGACUUAUUAUGAAGAGGAGCCUGCAACCCGGGUAAUGGCACCACCGCCGCGCCGGAUUGUGGUUGAUGAGCAUGGCAAUCAAUACUAUGAGACGCUACCUGCUCCUAGGCUGCAGGCCAUGCCUCCGCCCUCUAGCCGGUUACCGAGAAGCGACGUACAUGAUGACCGUGCUCCAUUGCGCCAUGCAAGCGUACGGGCGGCAUCUGUUCUGGAGGAUCCAUACGGUGGUCGGAGGUACGUGCAGGACAUGCCACCUCCGCAAGCUGCCUAUCGACGUGUCACCGACUACGCCCGACCGGCCCCGAGUGAACGGCGGCCUUACGGUGCGGCCCUUGACGAGAGGGAACCGUUCCCACGUAGUGCCAGCGUUCAGGUGACCGAAUACGGGACUCGCCGUCCGCCUUACCUUGAGGAAGCUGAAUUGCCCCGGGAGCGGAUUGUCAGAAUGCCAAGCGUGCGUCCGCCAACCAGCCGGUAUGAAGACCCUCAGGUGAUCCAACGGGUUGAGAGCGUCCGCCCUGGUGGUCGUGACGUGAGCGUCUACAUGGAUGACGGCACGCGACAGCCCCGAGAAUACAUCGAGCGGCCUGUGUAUGUUGCUACGCGACCUCUGCGGGAGGAGCGGUAUUAUGAUGGGAGUAACCCGGAGCGGGUCAUCCUUGAAGAAGGAAGGGACGUAGUCCACCGAGUUCCUCAGCGCUACGGAGGACUUUUUUAAUGAACAUUGGCAUGGAGGAUUGGCACCAGGAUUGCAUUCGU